UGGACGUGCUGGAACGAGCUCUGGCUGCGGGAGAACUGGUUUUGAUUGAAAACCUGGAGGAAUCUGUGGAUCCAGUGUUGGGACCAUUAUUGGGGAGAGAAACAAUCAAGAAAGGCAGGUACAUCAAGAUUGGGGACAAAGAGUGUGAGCUGAGCCCCACCUUCCGUCUCAUCCUGCACACAAAGCUGGCAAACCCCCACUUCCCACCCGAGCUGCAGGCCCAGUGCACCCUCAUCAACUUCACCGUCACCAGGGACGGGCUGGAGGAGCAGCUGCUGGCAGCUGUGGUCAGCAUGGAGAGGCCUGACCUGGAGGAGCUUAAGUCAGAUCUCACAAAGCAGCAGAAUGGAUUCAAGAUCACCUUGAAAACAUUAGAGGACAACUUGCUCUCUCGGCUGUCAUCAGCAUCUGGGAAUUUCCUGGGAGACACAGCCUUGGUGGAGAACUUGGAGAUCACUAAACAGACAGCUGCAGAAAUUGAGGAGAAGGUGCAGGAGUUCAAGGUGACAGAAGCCAAGAUUAACGAGGCCAGGGAGCACUACAGGCCCGCGGCCGCGAGGGCCUCCCUGCUCUACUUCACCAUGGACCAGCUCCACAACAUCCACCCCAUGUACCAGUUCUCCCUGAAGGCGUUCCAGAAGGUGUUCCAGAAGGCCAUGGAGAGGGCGGCUCCGGCUGAGGGGCUGGCGGGGCGUGUGAGGAACCUCAGCGACAGCAUCACCCUCUGCGUGUGCCAGUACACGGCCCGGGGGCUCUUCCAGGCUGACAGGCUGACCUACACUGCCCAGCUCACCUUCCAGAUACUCCUGAUGAGUAAAGAAAUCAACCCAGCAGAGCUGGAUUUCCUGCUGAGAUACCCAGCAGAGCCUGGAGUCAUGAGCCCUGUGGAGUUCCUGUCUGACCAUUCCUGGGGAGGAAUCAAGGCUCUCUCAUCCAUGGAGGAAUUCAGAAACCUGGAUCGGGAUAUCGAAGGCUCUGCGAAAAGGUGGAGGAAAUUCAUUGAGUCUGAGUGUCCCGAGAGGGAGAAGUUCCCCCAGGAGUGGAAGAACAAGUCAUCCCUGCAGCGCCUGUGCAUCCUCAGGGCCCUGCGGCCCGACCGCGUCACCUGCGCCCUCAGAGCUUUUGUAGAAGAAAAGCUGGGCAGCAAAUACGUGACUGGGAGAUCCCUGGAUUUUGCAACAACCUUUGAGGAAUCAGGACCUGCAACCCCAGUGUUUUUUAUCCUUUCCCCAGGAGUGGACCCACUGAAGGAUGUGGAGAAACAUGGGAAGAAACUUGGCUUUACAUUCAACAACAGGAACCUCCACAAUGUGUCCCUGGGACAAGGCCAAGAGGUGGUUGCUGAACAAGCCCUGGAUCUGGCUGCAAAGGAGGGGCACUGGGUCAUCCUUCAGAACAUCCACCUGGUGGCCAAGUGGCUGAGUUCCCUGGAGAAGAAGCUGGAGCAGCACAGCAAGGGCAGCCACCAGGACUUCCGUGUCUUCAUCAGUGCAGAGCCAGCACCUUCCCCUGAGAGCCACAUCAUUCCCCAGGGCAUCCUGGAGAACUCCAUCAAGAUCACCAACGAGGCCCCCACUGGGAUGCAGGCAAACCUGCAUGGAGCCCUCGACAACUUCAGCCAGGACACCCUGGAGAUGUGCAGCCACGAGAAGGAGUUCAAGAGCAUCCUGUUUGCCCUGUGCUAUUUCCACGCCGUGGUGGCAGAGAGGCGCAGGUUCGGCCCCCAGGGCUGGAACUGCCCGUACCCCUUCAACAGCGGGGACCUGACCAUCUCUGUGAGUGUGCUGCACAACUACCUGCAGGACAGCUCCAAGGUCCCCUAUGAUGACCUGCGCUACCUCGUGGGUGAGAUCAUGUAUGGAGGUCACAUCACAGAUGACUGGGACAGGAGGCUUUGCAAAACCUAUUUGGAAGAAUUUAUUAAGCCAGAAAUGCUGGAGGGAGAACUCCUCCUUGCUCCAGGAUUCCCCCUGCCAGGGAACAUGGACUACAAUGGCUAUCACCAGUACAUCGAUGAAGUCCUGCCCCCCGAGUCUCCAUACCUGUAUGGGCUCCACCCCAACGCCGAGCUGGGUUUCCUGACGCGGAGCUCGGAGCAGCUCCUGCGAACGCUGUUGGAGCUGCAGCCCCGGGACAGCAGCGCUGGAGAAGGAGGAGUGGGGACCAGGGAGGAAACGGUGAAAGACCUUCUGGAAGAGAUGCUGGAGAAGCUGAGUGAGGAGUUCAACAUGGCAGAGCUGAUGGCCAGGGUGGAGCAGAGGACGCCCUACGCUGUGGUCGCCCUGCAGGAGUGCGAGCGCAUGAACGUCCUCACCGGGGAGAUCAGGCGCUCACUGCUGGAACUGGAGCUGGGCCUGAAGGGAGAGCUGACCAUGACCAGUGACAUGGAGAGCCUGCAGAAUGCCCUCUUCCUGGACAUGGUGCCCGAGUCCUGGGGCAGGAGGUCUUACCCUUCCACAGCCAGCCUGGGCACGUGGUUCACCGACCUCCUCGCCCGCAUCAGCGAGCUGGACACCUGGACUGGAGACUUCUCCUUGCCCUCCACCGUGUGGCUCGGUGGGUUCUUCAACCCCCAGUCCAUCCUGACAGCCAUCAUGCAGACCACAGCCCGCAAGAACAAGUGGCCUUUGGACAGGAUGGCCCUGCAGUGUGAUGUGACGAAGAAGAGCAGAGAGGAUUUUGCCAGCCCCCCUCGGGAAGGGGCCUAUGUCCAUGGGCUGUUCAUGGAAGGAGCACGCUGGGAUGCACAGGCCGGGCUGAUCACCGAUGCCAGGCUCAAGGAGCUCACCCCAGCCAUGCCCGUCCUGUUCAUCAGGGCCAUCCCUGCUGACAAGCAGGAUACCAGGGGCAUGUAUCCCUGUCCUCUGUACAAAACACGCCAGAGAGGCCCAACUUACGUGUGGACAUUUAACCUUAAAACCAAGGACAGCCCUGCCAAGUGGGUGCUGGCUGGGGUGGCCCUGCUGCUGCAGGUCUAG